AUGUGUGAAUCAGUGCUUUAUAAAUGUGAACAACUACCCCUUAACGAGGCCUUUGAAUUUAUUGAUGAUCAAUUGGAUCAGGACGAAUUUAAUAAAUAUAAUGCCAAUUCUAAUGAUAAUCAAAUAGAUAUGAGUAAUCAAAAUAAAGAGAAAAUUGAAAAUAUUGAAGAUUAUUAUGACUUUCGGCAAAUAUAUUUAAAGGCUUUAAUUAGUUCUGUUUUAAGAAAAUCAAUCAAAGAAGUAUGUAGACUUAUAGGACAUUUCAAACGAGCUUUGGAUUAUUCAUUGAAAGAUAAUGACCAAAAGAAUUUGGACGAUAUUUUAUUAGCUUAUACUAUUCAUGAAAAAGAACAAAAGCAAAUGACAGGUUACAAUCAGAAAGAAGAAAUGUCGUUCUUAAUGAUAAUAUAA